AGUUACAAAGCUUAAAUGGAAGCUAAAUGCAGGUUGAAAGAGAAGGAAGAGAAGCAUAUAAAAACUAAGGAAACUGAGGAGGCAAAACAACAUGUUUUGAAAAAUGAAAAAGAAGCUGUUCUUGCAUCCAUUCAACAGAUAAAAAACGGUCUAUCAGUUGCUGAUGAUUUAGUUUUUGAAGGAAAUAGUGAUUUAAAGAAGUUUUUGCUUCAAAAAAACAGCACAAGAAAUGAAUUGCAGCGAGUCCAGUGUAAAAUUGAAACAGGGAUGAAAAGAAGACAGGAGCUUGCUGAUGAACAAGACGUUUUAGAAAAAAGGAGUAAAGAACUGUCAAUUUAGUCAAUUUAGAAUUAUAUUGUUUAUAUUGCAACUCUAACUAUUUUGCUUUUAAACUCUAUUUUAACUUAGUUGUAUUAUAACUCUAAAAGAAUUAUU